GCGUGCGCACCGCGUAUUCCAUCCGCACAGAAACAGGUCCCGGAAUUGAUUGAGUUCCGAGGAAGUCAAUUGUUUAGGAGGCGCGCAGCAACUGUUUGAGGGGUGCGAUUUUCUGUAUUUGGUCGCUGAGAAUCGUGACUUAUGGCUGUUCCAGGUGUAAACAAGGAUAAUAUCAGAGCAGGAUGUAAGAAAUGUGGCUACCCUGGCCACCUAACGUUUGAAUGCAGAAACUUCCUACGCGUGGAUCCACAGAGGGACAUUGUGUUAGAUGUCAGCAGCACCAGCACCGAAGACAGUGAAGAUGAGAAUGAAGAACUUGCACAGGCCCCUGGUUCUACAGAUAAAAAAAAUGUCACAGACCUAGCAAAGAAAAAGCUGAAAAAGAAGAAAGAGAAAAAGCUGAAAAAACACAGAAAACGAUCUCAUUCAUCAAGUGAAUCUGAUGACAACUCAAAAGCCAAAAAACGAAAAAGUCAAAAAAAAGAAAAAAAAGCAAAGAAAUCUAAAAAGGUAAAGCAGCACAAGAAAGAUAAGAGAAAAGGGAAAUGUGAGCGUCGUUCAUCAUCAUCUUCAUCAUCCAGCACCAGCCAAUCAUCCAGCAGCGACUGACAUGUACCUGUAUACCUGCAACACUGUACAGAAUAGAUCAUUGCUUCCUUCAUCGUUAAAAGUUAUACUGUCACUAUUUGCUACUUUAGUUUAUAACCCAACACUUAAUGCAAAGCAAGGCAUGAAUUUUCUAUCAGAUGACCAAGUAUUUGAUUGAUUGGACAAUUUAAGGCCACAAAUUGUUCCAGCAUUCUAAGCAACAUAAUGAAUGUAAUUCAUAAAAAUAUGUAACAAAAACCUGCAGUGGAUCAGGUACCUACAGAAUAGUUAAUAACGGGUUGGGUGUCCGGUUGAAAGUUCCCAAUUCACCAACCAGGUGGGUGGUCCAUGGGUUCCCUGCUUGGUAUCCGGUUCAGCUGUGGGUCUAUCUCGCACUCCCCAAUCUAGUGAGUUUUUUUCUAGGGAUGCACCGAAUCCAGUAUUUUGGAACUCCUAAAUCGUGAAAGAAACGGCCCGAAUACUGAACCGAAUCCUAAUUUGCAUAUGCAAACUAGGGGUAGGAAGAGGAAAACAUUUUUUUACUUCCUUGUUUUGUGACGAAAAGUCACAAGAUUUCCCUCCCUGUCUCCAGUGUCGGACUGGCCCGGCGGGAUACCGGGAAAAAACCCGGUGGGCCCAGACCCUCAUGGGCCCCCACCGUACCAGACCCCUUCUCCCGAAGACGUCCGUGCAUGCGCAGGGUGCCAUUCGUGCAUGAGCGCCUCCAUGCAUGCGCGCUGAGAGAGGGGCCUUAGGGGGUCCUAACAGCAGUCCCAGUGGGCCCCGGGCCCCCUAGUCCGACCCUGACCAUCCCUAAUUUGCAUAUGCAGGUUCAGCCUGGCAGAAAGAUUCGGCCGAAUCCUGCUGAAGGGCAAAUCCUGAACCGAAUCCUAGAUUCAGCGCAUCCCUAUUUUUUCCCUUACCUGGUUUAUCUACCUGGAGUGACGUCACAUCUGGUCACAUGGGUCCACAGUUUAGUUGGUGAGUAAACCCAUGCAGGUGUGGGGAAGGGGCUCGUGCAUAGGGCAAAACUGAAUAUAAACUCUCUACACUGCUUUAGAAAUUGGCAUGAUUCUAUGCACCUUUUUAUGUAUUGAGUAUGUCCCUAGCAGCUCUGGGCACUUUGCUACUAUAGUAUAAAACAUCAUAUUAGCACCACCUGCUCUUUGAUCAUGACCAUUGAUCUUAAUACAUUUGCUUUAUGUUCGUUGCUUUCUCGUGUUCAGCGCGUAUGUACAUGAGCGAGCGCAUUGAGUGCAUAAUCAUUACCAGUCCUGGAUCUAUUUCCUAAUUAGUUCUUUAAAUCCAUCCCAUAAAGCAUCGUUAAUGACGUUCAUUUGCUCAUAUGCCUAAGAAAAUUGGAGCUUUAUUUACAUUUUACUGAAGGCAAACGAAAGGAAUGGGUUUAAGAAUGGAAACGGUUAUAAUCACUUUCCUUCUGUUCAGAAAAGCUGCUGGUUAAUUCAUGUGCCGGGUAGAUACUGAAAAACUCCAGGGUAAUGAAAAUAUUAAUUCAAUUUAAAUGUAAAUCGUACUUGUAACCAAGGCACCUGGCUUCCUUUUUUUUCCCCCACAGUAGGGAAUAUCUGUUCUUAUUUUUCCCUUGAACGAUGAUCAGUGGUGUCUAUUUUCUUUUUAAAGAGUGAUAUUAAAAUCUAAAGUGGCUUUGCGUUUUGGUACAGUUUUAUUAAAAGUAUUUUUCUUAUUCCUUGCAGUAGGCAUAUGUUUUAUUGCUAUAAUAAAUCCGACAUCGUGUUUGUAUUCCGUAGAUACAUGUCCCCAUAUUGUUAUGUUUUUUGGUAAUAAAAAGCAUUACUAUU